CUUCACCUUCAUGCCAUCGCAUAAAGAAAAACACAAAACUAACAUCCACAAAAUAAACAAAAAAGAAAUAAUGGCAAUGAAGAAUAUCGACAACUUCUUUGUCGCCCUCUUUGUCUCGGCUGUGCUAGUGAGCUCAGCCACAGCGGCUACCAUGGAGUCUCCAGCACCAGCACCAGGUGCUUCCUCUGCCACCGUGGCUUUUCCGGUGGUUGGCUCCAUCGUUGCUGCAUCACUCUCCGCCUUCUUGGCUCUUCUCUUGCAGUAAAUAUAUAUAUAUUAAGGAGGGGCUUCUACGAGAAAAAAACUCUUUUUUGUUAUGAUAGGUCCCUUAGAAUCUAUGCAAAAUAAUUUUGUCAAAUAACCCAAUUUGAUGUAUAUUCUCAUUGUAUAAGUUAUUACACUAAUACUUUUAUGAUAUGAUAAUAAUAAUUAUAAUAAUGU